AUGCCUUCCUACGCCGACGUCAUGCGCCUUGCGCGGGAGAAGGUCUCGCUGCCCGGUCUGGGCAUCGAUGAGACCCGCGUGAGAAAGGACGUGGGGGGUGGGAUCUUGGUCGAGAUCCCGGGCCCCGACGGCGCUGCCAAGGCCACGCGGUUGGCCGAGGCCCUAUCCCCCGCACUACAGGGAAAAGCCACGGUUAGUCGCCCAGUCCGCAAAGGUGAACUCCGUCUCACCGGACUGGACGACUCAGUGUCUGCUGACGACUUGGUAGCCCGCCUAAGCUCCGUCGAGUUUGGCGGCUGUCAGGCGUCUGACAUAGCGGUGGGCCCGGUUACUGAGGGGAGAGAUCGCCUCGGUGCGGUGUGGGUGAGNUGCCCACUGGAGGUGGCCACAAAAGUAGCCGAGCUCGGCCGCCUUCGCGUGGGGUGGUCGAGCGUGCGAGUGUCGCUCCUGCCUGGCCGCCAGCUCCAGUGCUUCAAGUGCCUGGAGUUUGGCCAUGUCAGGCAGACGUGCCGGAACACCGUGGACAGGAGCGGCCUUUGUUACCGGUGCGGCAAGGCCGGCCACCAGUCCCGCUUGUGCCAGGGUCUGGCUCGGUGCGUUCUGUGCGCGGACCGAGGUCUCCCGUCCGCGCACAGACUGGGGGGGGAAGCGUGCCCUUCGCGCGCGAAAGGGCGCAACGGCCCCAAAAGAGGCACCACGACUGUGCGGAGGACGGUCGCCCAUGGCCAGCAGGAGGCCAUGGAGGUAGACGCGCACGAUGGCCCGCGUAGUUCAGGUAAACGUUAA